UUCCACUAGCAGGGAUGGUGGUUGGUGGAUUAUUAUUAAACUAGUCUAUAGGUUUAGCUGUCUGAAAAGUGUCAUGUGAUAUACUACGAAUUAUUAAUAAGAAAAGAAGAACAAUGAAUAACCGGUGACUUUUAUUUCCUAGUUAAGUCUUUUUAAAUAAUUGUUGGAAGACCCGGUGGUAUUGUAUGUAGUACGAAGUUUCAUUCCAAUACCAAGUAUACUUGCAAACAUUUGCUUUGCCAUUGCAAAACCUAAUAACGUUAGCUUCCUCAAACUCAGUACCAAACUAGUGUGAAAUUGUGAUGGCGGCAAAUGAUGUAUUCCUGAGUUUUAGAGGAGGGACGCACUACCGAUUCACGGAUCAUCUGUAUGGUGCUUUGCGGCAAAAUGGAAUCGACACGUUCAGAGAUAAUGAAAAUCUGAGGGUAGGGGAUGAACUGGAACCUAUUCUUAUUAUGAAGGCAAUCGAAAAUAGCGAAAUAGCAAUAGUGGUGCUUUGUGAGAACUACGCAUCUUCGACAUGGUGCCUUCGUGAGCUAGUCAAGAUCAUUGACUGUCACGAAAAGCAAGGGAAGCAGGUUUUACCAAUUAUUUACAGAGUGAAUCCUUCAGAUGUAUGGGAUCAGAAGGGUUCCUAUGAGACAGCCAUGGCUAAACAUGAGAGGAGGGAAGACCCUGAGAAGGUCAAAGCAUGGCGAUUAGCUUUGUCCAAAGUACAAAAGCUAGGAUGGGUGCACUGCACGGAGGACAUGUCUGAACCGGAGUUUAUCAAGGUUAUUGUUAGAGACACUGCCGGCAGAUUACCGUUGCCUGAACCAACUGAUCAUGUAGUUGGAUUGGAUACUCGCUGUGAAGAAGUAAAAUCACGGCUAGAUAUUGAAUCUAAUGAAAAUGUUUGCAUGUUGGGAAUUUAUGGACCUGGUGGAAUAGGCAAAACCACAUUGGCCAAAUGUCUAUUCGACAAGAUCAAGCGGCAGUUCGAAGCUUCAUGCUUUCUUGCUAAUGUCAGAGAAAAAUCUGAAAGUCGUGAAAGUUUAGAAAGUCUGCAAAAGUCACUUUUAGAUGACAUGGGUGAGGAGACAAUAACUGAGUUUGGAAGUGAAUUUAAGGGAGGAUCUGAAAUCAAACGAAGGCUUCACCACAAAAGAGUACUUCUAGUUCUUGAUGAUGUUAAUUCAAUAACGCAACUAGAAUCACUGGCUGGAGGGCAUGAUUGGUUUGGUUCAGGCAGCAAAAUCAUUGUAACAACAAGGGAUACUGAUGUGAUAGACAAGCAUGUGAUGGGUGAUGUUGUCACCAAGAAAUACAAGAUGGAGGAGCUAAAUGAUGAUGAUUCCUUGGAACUCUUUUCUUGGCAUGCUUUCAACAGCAAGGAGCCUGCAGAGAACUUUAAAAAUGUUUCAAGAAAUGCAAUAAGUUAUGCAAAGGGCUUUCCACUGCUUUAGAAGUAAUAGGCUCCCAUUUAGGGGGUUUUACAAGUGUGGAUAGUUGGGAAGAUGAAUUGGACAAGUAUAGAAUUGAUCCAAGUAUUCAAGGAGUACUUGAAAGAAGCUACGAUAGCUUGUAUGAACUUGACAAGAAAACUUUCUUGGACAUUGCUUGUUUCUUCAAAGGAGAGAAAUGGGAGUAUGUUAAAAGGGUAUUGAAAGCUUGCGACUUCUACCCAGUUGUUCGAGUGUUCAUUAGUAAAUGUCUCAUCACUGAAGAGUAUUUACAAAUUAAUAUAUUAAUAU